AUGGUUCUAAUGAAAUUCGAGAUAAGUAAAUACUAGAUAUAAAUCACAAAUUUAACUAUGUAGAUUGAGAAUGAUUAAUUUCAAUUGAAAAAUGAAAAGUGCAAAAAAUCAGUUUCACUUAAAGAUGAAGUUUAAUAAAAAAUUCGAGAAUUAAUUUAACUAUAAGAAAUGAUAGAAACAUUAAAUUUAACUAUUCAAGAAAAAAUAAAAAAAUUUAACAAUAUGAAAAUAAUUGUUUAAAUUAUGAAAAAAAAAGAAAUGAUUAUAAACAAAUAUCAGAUGAAAAAGAAUUGUUCAUUAAAUAAUUAUAAUAAGAAUUACACAAAUAAAGUGAUUAAAUAAGAAAAAUAUAAACUUAAUUAAAUGUUUUAGAAGAGGUAAAUGAGAAUAAAACCAAAGAAAAUAGUGAUCAAAAAAUAUAAAUAAUAAAUCUAUAAAAGGAAAAACAAUUUAAGAUUGAAUAAAUAAAUCCUCAAUUAUUGGAAGAAAUUUAAAUUUAUAAUAAUGAAUUGUUGGUAAAAAUUUAGUAAUUAAAUUAAGAAAUAUAUGAAAAAAGCUCCCAAUUAGAGAAAAAGUCUUAGUUGAUUGAUAAAUUUAAUUUGAAAAUUAUGAAUCAAAAUGCUAAGAUAUGCUAACUAAAAUAAUAAAUCGCAAUUCAGGAUAAGUAAAUCAAAUAAAUAGAAAGCGCUUUUUAAAGCACUGAAUAAAGAUGUGAAGUAGAAUCAAUAAAUAAUAACAAAAUGAAUGAGAUAACUUAACUAAAUAGUAAAUUAAGUAAAAUAAUUGAUGAAAAAGAACAACAAAUAUUGAUAUUAAAAUAGGAAUUAUAAGUAUCAUUAAUAAUUAUGAGGAAAUUAAAUAAAUACAUAAAAAUUAAAUCUAUUAGGUAAGCAAAAAAAACUCUUUAUGUUAAUCUCAAUCAAAUUAGCUUUCAAAAUCUGUCAUAUCUUCUGAAACUCGCUUCCCAUAGAAAAUUGAAAAUGAUCAUUUAUCAACAACUUUAAAUUUUAUAAAAGGAAUAAAAUGCUAUUCUUAAGGAAAAUUUAAUUUUGAAAAAUAACUGCUAGAUUGAAGAUUAUAAAAAUAAAAUUGCAUUAUUGUCUUUGGAAGUUUCAAGGUAUCAUAAUUCUUCCAAAGGUUUGUUAAAUUAAAGAGAUAAUUUUAAAAUGGAAGAUAAAACUAAAUUUUUGAGCUAAGAAAAAGGAAAUAAUAUUCAAAUUUAACAAUGUAUUAAUAAUAAUUAUAAAAAAAAUGAUUUAAUGUGUUUGAUAGUGUUAUUGUUUGCAGAAAUUGAAUCUCUAAGAACAAAAGAAGAGGGAAAAAAAUUAGAAGAUAAAUCAAAAGUUUAACAAAUUAUAGAUUAUUAUCGUUAAAAGCCAUAAUGA